AUGGCCGAUGCUAGCCCCUCUCUCCACGACCUCCUUCUGCUAUCGGUUUCCGUUCGUGAUCAGACGGAGAAGCCAGAAGCGGUUUCUGUAGCGCAUCUUCCUCGCCUGCAGAAGCUCGUCUGUGGGGGGCAGUGGCCAGCAGUAGCCUCGUUGAUAAGCCACCUCCACGCCCCCAUCCUCUCCGAUGUCAGGCUCCCAACUCCCGAUCCCGAAGCGCCCGGGGACACACUCCCAGACUUCCACGCCAAUCUACGAGCACUGAAAGCCUCCAGCUCCACCCUCCGGACCCUGCAUCUGGCGCUCCCCUCCGAAUGGCCGCCGCUCGGCCCUGGCCGCCGUCCGCUCGCGGACAUCCUGCAGCCCCUCUUCUUCCUCCCGCUCCUCGAAGAGUUCAAGCUCCUCUAUCCCGAGACGAGCUUCUCCCCCACCGACGACGACUUUGCCGCGCUCGCCCGCGCGUGGCCCGCUCUGCGCCGACUCCACAUCGCCCCGCCAUACUUCAAAGCGCCCGUCGCCGCUGGGGACGCGUCCUUCGCGUCGCUCCUGCACCUCGCGCGGCACUGCCCGCACCUCGAGACGGUCCUGCUCUUCGACGCCCUCGCCAACUUCCACGGGGCGGCGCUGUGCACGGACCUGCCCCCGCCGGCGGUGCGCAUGCGCUCGCCCCGUCUCCGGGGCGCGGGCGAGGACCUGGCGGUGCGCCCGGAGGCUCCCGCGAUCGCGACGCUCCUGGAGAGGGUGUUCCCGAACCUGCAGCUCUCGGAGUCAUACUUUUGGGUACAAAAUCCGGAGGAGUGUCAGAGUUCUACGACGUGGACGGCGGUCAUACAGGUGAUAUCGGAGCGUCGAGACGAGGACGUGUUCAGGAACCUAUACGAUGCUGAGUUGGACAAUGACUCGUUUCUCUCCUAUUGGAUCUUUUAG